CCAAGCGAGCCCCUAUUCUGAGGCACGGAUAAGGCUUUCUUGACCGUUCGCUUGUCAGAUGCCAAUGACCUGAGGCUAUGUACGAGGAGGUAAGGGGAGGAAAGUCGGAGGCUGUCAUACCCGUUCGAUCCCUGCCAUGACGGAUGGUUUUGGAUGGAAGAAGUACAAGAUAUUGAUAGUCCCGUGUAGAGAUGCUCUGUUUUCAACUGUGCUCUCUCUAAAUCGCGUCUUAUUCAUCAACUCUUUGAGCUUUUACUCUAUCUCCUAUUCCGAUCAUGACCUAUUCUUCUAUCCUUAUUGCUCGUGAUGACGACGAUUUCUCCUUCUACCAAUAUGACCCUUCCGUUGUAGCAGCAGCGAUAUUCGCCGUCCUCUUCUUCGCCACUACAGCAUACCACUGCUGGCAAGCCUGGACGAAACGAACCUUCUAUUUCAUCCCCCUCCUCAUUGGUGGCCAUUUCGAAUGGACAGGCUAUGUCUUUCGAAUUAUAUCCCAUUACAACAUAACCAGCAUGGCUAUAUUCAUCAUCCAAACACUCCUCCUCCUACUCCCGCCUUCCCUCUUUGCAGCAAGCAUCUACAUGGUCCUCGGUCGCAUUAUUCUAUUCACGAACGGUGAAAGCAUGGCGCCCAUUCGUGCGAACUGGCUCACCAAGAUCUUCGUCAUCGGCGACGUCUUUUCAUUCCUUGUGCAAGCAGGAGGCGGCUCCAUGAUGGCCUCCGCCUCCUCCCAAAACCUCGGCAAAACCCUCGUCAUCAUCGGCCUCGUCCUCCAGAUCCUCUUCUUCGGCCUCUUCGUCACCACAUCCAUCAUCUUCCACCUCCGACUCCGCCGCUCACCCACCUCCGCCUCGCUUCGCGCCCCCUGGCAGAAAUACCUCUGGGCUCUGUACGCGGCCAGCUUGUUGAUCUUCAUCAGGAGUAUUUUCAGGAUUUUUGAGUUUGCUGGGGGACAUGAUGGCACGCUCAUGAGCAGCGAGGUGUAUAUUUAUGUGUUUGAUGCGGUGCUGAUGUUGGGGGUUAUGGUUGCGUUUAAUGUGGUGCAUCCUGGGGAGAUUAUUGGGAGGAGGGGGGAUUUGAAGGGUGGGGUGCCGUUGGAGGAGGGGUUGGAGAGUGGGAGUGAGAGAUAUGUUGGGGGUGGGGGGAGGAGAUGAGAGGACAGGUUUGUGAUAGUGAUCGUAAUGUGAUUAGAGGGGUUGGAUAUAUAGAAACACUUGAGCACUGAUAGAUUAUGGAUUGGGUAGAUAUAUAUGGGAAUUCGGUAGGCUUGAACUUAGACUGGCGUUAUACAUAGAGAUGAUAGAGCAGCUAGAAAUAAGAAAUAUUGACC